AUGGGCAGCGGCGGUGGCGGUAGUGGUGGUGGAGGAGCCGUGGGUGGUGAAGGUGUCAAAGGAGGUAGUGACUUGGAUGGUGGUGGAGGCGCAUCCACGGGAGGCAUGGGUAGUAGAGGUGUCGAAGGAUGUUGUGACUUGGCCGGUGGUGGCGAUGGAGGCAUGGGUAGUGGAGGUAUCGGAGGAGUUGCUGACUUGGCCGGUGGUGCCAAUGGAGGAGGCGUGGGAGGUGAAGGUGUCGAAGGAGGUAGUGACUUGGCCGGUGGUUGGGGUGCAAGAGGCGUGGGUAGUAAAGAUGUCGGAGGAGGUGGCGACUUAAGCCGUGAUGGUGGCGGUGGUGGAGGAGUGUUGGAGUACUCGGUGGGGGAGGAGGCAUCGGAGGAGGUGGUGACUUGGGCGGCGACGGCAGCGGCGACGGUGACGGUAGUGGAAGAGGUGUGGGAGGUGGUCGUGGUGGUGGUGUUGGAGGAGGUGGCGGGGGAGGAGGCAUGGGUGGCGAAGGUGUCGAGGGAGAACACGAGCAAAAGAGAGACAGCAAAUUUCGCAAGUUAUUGA